AUGGCGGGAAUCGACCGUUUUCUAACAUGGGAGGAUGUCCUGGAUCCUAAGGAAGGUUUCCUUAAGGAUGAUUCUGUUACGCUCGAGGUUCACGUAAUGGCUGAUGCUCCACGUGGUGUCCAUUACAGAAACAAAUGUACAGAUUUAAAAUAUGAAGAUACGUACUAUAUAAAUGAGAGGAAGAUACAUACACGUUUAGAAAAUCCAGUUGAUACGAACUAUAUAAAUUCAGCACUUCGGACUUUGUCGUUUGCCAAUCAGUUACGUAAAGAAGUUUCUAAAAUGCCAACAGAAGACGAUGAUCGAAGCGAGAGCGUUGAUCUGGCUGUACAAAGGACUUUUUACCAGAUGCAGUUUUCUAAUUACAAACAUAUUACAAAAGAAUUAAUGAAAACUAUAAAUUGGGGAAGAAUGGAUCCUUACACGCGAAAGAAGAAACAAAAAUUUUUAGACCGGAUGUUACACGAUUUGGAAGAAAACGUUAAAGAAACGAUUAUUGAAGGAGAAAUUGAGAAGAUUAAUGCAAAUGUAAACGCCCAAAUGAAGGGAAUUGCAGUGUUCGCAUCAGAUCGAUAUUAUGGCCAUUUUCAGAGCCACCUCGAGAACUGUGUGCUUUCCGAAGAAGCUUCUUUUUCAAAAGAAAAUCUGGAAAU